AUGGGAGAAAUUUGCUACGAUGACUUACUUGGAAUUUUGCUGGAAUCGAAUUCAAAAAAAAUCAAAGAAGGGGAAGUUGGAAUGAGUAUGGAUGAGGUGAUCGAAGAAUGCAAGCUAUUUUACAUCGCUGGAUCCGAAACAACCUCAAAUUUGAUAGUCUGGACCAUGGUUUGUUUAAGUUUGCAUCAAGAAUGGCAGAUUAAAGCUCGACAAGAGAUUUUACAAGUCUUUGGUACAGGAGAGCUGCAUUUCGAAGGCCUAAAGCAUCUCAAGAUUAUAACCAUGAUACUAAACGAGGUUCUUAGGCUAUACCCACCUGCAGUCAUGGUGAUACGAGCUACUGUGAAGGAGACGAAGCUAGGAGACAUGAUGAUACCUUAA